UUUAGUGUGAAAGUGUUUGAGCCAGACAAGUCAGUUAGUGGAUUGUCACACGAUUAUGUCUGCUCACAAAGUACCGCAUAUUUUGAAGCUCUCGGCUGAGGAGCAAAGGGAGUUCGUCAACUCCUUCGAUGUGGUGAUGUGUGAUUGUGACGGUGUUAUGUGGAUGAUUUCGUCUCCGCUGCCUAGGACGGGUGAAGCGGUGAAUGCGCUGAAGGAUGAUGGCAAGCGGGUGUUCUUCGUGUCCAAUAACAGUGAGCGGCCAGAGGAAGAGUAUGUGAAUAAGUUCACCAGUAUCGGAGUGAAGGAUUUUCAAGCGAACCACAUUAUGCAUCCAGCUAAGUCCAUGUUGUACUAUAUAAAGAAGCACAAUAUAAAGCAGCCGGUAUUCUCAACAUGUAGUGCCAAUAGUAAUGAUGUGCUUCGUCGUGGAGGCGUAGAUGUGAGGACUUUGGACGUCAAAGAAGGCGUUCGACUUUCCAAUUUGAAAAAAAUCACGGAACCGGUACAAAAUAUGGGCGCUGUUUUGUUUGACGUCAACUGCGAUUUAAAUUAUGUGCAAAUGACAGCGGCCACGCGAUAUCUAGCAGACAAAGAUUGUGAUUUUCUUGUGGGUGCUAUUGAUCCCACACUUAAGCUGGAGACAGGUCUAAUGCGUCCAACUUUUCACGAUUUGUACCUCAUUCUUAAGCGUGUAACGGGACGAGAGGCGACUAUAGUUGGCAAACCGGCGGUUUUGCUUGGUGAAACUUUGAGGGACGUCUAUAAAUUGGCCGAUCCCAAACGUUGUCUGUUUGUUGGAGAUUCCCUGACGCACGACAUACGUUUCGGUCUGAAUUGUGGCUUCCGAACCUUGCUCGUUUUGAGCGGCUGUACACCCAUAGAGGACAUGUGGCAAGCAAGUGCGGAGAAUCAGCCUCAUUUUUAUGCGGAUAGCAUAGCCGAUUUUAUAGAAUUAUAUGCUAAUAUAAGCAAAAAUGCUUAAGAUUCUAUUUUGUAUGUAUACUAUGAAGGAACACAUAAACUGAAUUAAAUUUGUAAGCGCAACUUUCCUAUAUAGUUUAUAAGUUAUUCUGAUAUUCUAAUCAGUGGAAAAUUAAAAAAUUAA